AAUCGUUAAGUACCAACCAAAAGAGUGGCAGCUGGUUGGACAAAGUACGACGGCAGUUGCCCGGAUACUACGAUCAUAGGUGACAAAGAUAAGGAUUUUAAGAUAAGGAUAAGGAUUUAAGAUAAGGAUAAGAUAAAGAUAAGGAUAAGGAGAUAAAGAUAAGGAGAUAAGGAUAAGGAGAUAAGAUAACUGGCACGAAGGCUCAGGGGUUAUGGCAUUCUGCCUCGGAGCAGGAGGUGGUAGGUUCGACCGUAGACCGCAAAUUGAGCAUUUCUAUAGGGUUCAACCUUAUUCAAAUGCGGUAAAAUUGCCUUUUAUUUCUGAAAAUUUGAAAGCCGUUUGGUCACUGCCCGAAAAACAUCGUUUUUUUUUCCAUUUCUUAAUGCUAUUCGGCAUGUACAUGUAUAUGCCAUACUUUUGCACCGAAUGGUGAUCAAUAAGCUAAAUGUGCGGCUUUUCUUUUUUUUUUAUCUUGUCUGCACCACAGACAUUUCGCGUACCCGACUGCAGCUGUGUCCCGAAUAUAGCCUACCCAAUCUUUUUUUUUUUUUGAUAGAUCGACUGCAUUGUUUCUAGCGAAAAUAUGGUUGCUCGAUACUUGGAGUCACAUUUCGUUGUCAUUCAUUCGCCGUGUGAAUAGUGUACACUUCGGGUGCAGGGCUUUCCUGGCGACUGUGGUGACCACCGCCGUGAUCAUGAUGGGUGUCGCACUGGCGCUGGUGGGUGUCAUGCUCGGGGCGUCACCGCCGGACGUCCAACACGUUUGCCCGCCGCCCGCCAAGCCUCUGGCUGAGGACACCGUUCUGCUGGCUACGAAGGGAGGUCGUCUAGUCGGCCGCACGGUGACCGUGGGCGGCGUGGCCCUGACGCGCUUCUUGGGCGUCCCGUUCGCCCAGGGCACGGCGGGCCUUCGCCGAUUCUUGGUGCCGCUGCCUAUGGGUCCCCCUCAGGACCCGUGCGCGGUUGUCGAACACCUCGAGCCGCGGCCUCCUUGCGCCCAGUGGAGCAACGGCAGCGUGAUCGGCUCCGAGGACUGCCUGCACGUGAACGUGUGGAUGCCCGCAGCCACGACCGGAGGCAACGGCACUGGCGGAGGCCGGGUCUUGGUGGUGGCGGUCUCCGGAAGCUGGUUCGAGACGGGCUCCAACGACGACCCCGAUUGGCCACAACUGGCUGCCAAGGGAAACGUGGUCGUGGUGGCGCCCAACCAUCGGCAAGGCGUGUUGGGAUUUCUGCACCCGUCUCCGGUUGCCGGCGUGGUUCAAGACCCGGCCGUCGAUGACGUCGUGUCUGCCGUGCAGUGGGCGCUCGACAACGCCAAGUUCUUCGGCGCCGACCCAAAGGAACUGGUGCUGGUAGGGCGUGGGUCUGGUGCCUAUCUGCUGUCAAUGGCCUCCAGCAGCAUGCCCAACGGUAUGGCUCUCCGGGCAUUCUACCAUGGCGUUGUCUAUGGAUCACUGCUCCCACUCGAUCCGUUGGACAAGAACGAGCCGUACCGCAGCCUGGCUUCGGCGCUUGGCUGCAACGACACCGCGGACAAAGGCGCGAACGUGUCGGCGUGGGUGCCCUGCUUCCGCGCCGCGACCGCCGCCGACCUGGUGAACGCCGCGCGAAGGUUUUCCGAAUGGCCGCUGCGGUUCGCGCCACACGUCGACGUCCAGUCGCUGCUGACGAAUCCCGCUGCCCGGACACGCACGGUCAUCGCGGGAUUGGACGUGGCCGACCUGCGGGACUUCUUUGCGCAGCGCAUCGUACCGCUCGCGCAGGGACAAGCGGAUAUUGAAGAUCUGCUCUGA